CUAAACGUUUGAUGCCACCCGCCAAAAUUUCCAAAAAGAAGAAGAAGAAGAAGGCGUAUGCCGUCGUUAUUUUCGAAUCUUAUCAUUUUUUAGAAGACAAAUGCUCCCGCUGAAAGACUUUUAAAGACGGUAUCUGGGCUUUUGUCGUCAGUCUCAUGAUGUUCCCCAUGAAGAUGAUGACGCCAUCGAAGCCAUCGAAGCAGACAUCAGCCAUGGCUUCAAAGAUCAAAAACAAAAUUCUCAACACCUCCUCCUUCUUCAAGGUCUCCCUGAAGAACAACAACAAGGCCCUGGCUCUUGCUCUGCAGGCCCAGAAGGAGAAGAGCAGGCAGCUUGAGAUGGAGGUGGUGUACCUACAGAAACAGGUAGAAGCUCUCUGCUUUGAGCUGGCUACCAAAAAAUACAAGCAGAGAAAACUGCUGCUAAUCCUGAAAAAUCUCCACAGUAACACUCUGCAGCACCUGAACAUGGCAGCAGAACUCGUCUCUGACAACGAUUCUCUAAGACUGUCAGGGGGCCGCCAUGCCUUAAACAUGGAAAACAGGGAGAAUGAUGCAGCCACACGGCUUAAUGACCGGUUAGUGCUGCAGCCUGAAAUCUCAAUGAAUUCCUCCCAUCUCAACAAAGAUCUUGAAGGAAAACCACAUCUGCCUGAAAGAAACACUGAAAGCGCCGAUACCGAGGAAAGGCGUUUGAGCCGGUGUGUUCAAGCUAGUCUGACAGGAACAUGUCGUCCAUCCAGCAGCAGCCUGAGGAGCGAAGUAGAGCGGCUGUCGAGAGCAUUGUCCCAGUCCAGCUUUGAAAUAACCUCCAUCCUCCGUCCUCAGAACAAUCAAACAUAUGAAAACUCCACCGCAUCCUUUUCUACUGAUGUUAACGCUCCGAGUGUCUCCGCUUUGGAAACUGAGCCUCAAUUAAAAAAAACGGACAAUUCUGUGCUUCUCAAUACAUCAAUGGAGAUUACUGUGAGUAACGCUGCUGAAAUCAUCACCGUAGAAACCAAACCCAAGAAAAAAGGUCAUUCCUGCAAGCCGAAAGGCACAAAGGGUCAGCAGGGGGCAUGCGGUUCCAGUGCAGGUGUUCAGAAUGGUUUAAAUGGGAGACCAAAGAAGGGACCUGCUGAAACUCCUACACACAUGAUUGAACAGCCACCGGAAGAUAAAGACCCAGGAGUUCUUCAACUUCAGUUACCAAAAACACUCAGCAAGAAUGUGAAAACAUCUCGUAUUCCCAAACUUGACCAUCAUCAGAAGGCACCCAAGAGCACUACUGACCCCUGUGACACUGAAUUACAGGAAGCAGAUGAUUAUUUUUCUGAUCGUAAGGAUAUUUCUUUGAAAGCUGGUGAUAGUGAACCAAAAGAAGGUUCAGCAAGUUCUAAAAUCACCUACAGAAGGUCCAAAACUAAAGUUAAGAGGCGGUCUGCAAUCAUUCACAAGGUCCCAUCAGCUUCAGCCCUGCUUCCUCUUGAUGAUGAGAGCCAACAGUCCCGUCUGGAGAAGGUCCACAAUGAAGAGAAGGCAGAAAACAGAGAGCCACACCCACCACAUGACCCCAUCCUCUAUCCAGAGGAGGUGGCAUCUUCAGAGCUAGAGUUGGUAGAAAAUCAGCCUCCUGAAGUCUGGAGGAAAACAGAGAACAAACCAAGAUGCAGAAGUACAUUUGUCAUCUCCGUUUUCAGGGACAGUAAGUCACCAGUUCUGGACCAUGACCUGAUACUUCCUGCAGAGCCCCACAGUGAGGCUGAGGAGAAGCUGAAAUAUGUGGCUGGCAAAAAAACGUCACAUUCAGAUCCGCUCACAGAAACCCGCAACUCUUUAAAGCGUCCUCUGGUGGAAUCUUCAGAGCAUAAUCGUGAAGUCUUGCCAGUGGAUCAACACGACCCUUCAGGAUUAGAGCACCACAAACAUAAAAAAUCCAAAAGAGAAGAUGCAGGAGGAUCCAGAAAAAAGAAGAUGUCACUGGAGAAGUGUGCUGGUGGUUCAGAUACCAGGCAAAAGAAGAAAACUAAAAACAACCGAGAAGUUUCAUCUAAAAAUGAAGCUAGUCUGCAUUUUGCCUGCAGAGAGGAGCCUCCUUCCUGUAGCACUUAUGGUCCUGAGGUCAGAAGAGAAGGUGAAGAUGCUUUUCAGAUGGUGCACAGCCGUGACAGUCAUGACAUUUCUGAAGCUCUGCGUAGUCCAAACGAGUCCAAAGCCAAGGAUGAUCCCAAACCACACAGGAAGACAAAGCUGCACACAGCCACUGAAAGUAGGAAUCCAAGGGAGACAUUUGUCUACCACAGGCGGACAACUUGGGACAAAACUAAGAAUAUUUCUUUGAAUAACUCUGGGAUGUCCAUUGCUAGUGAUGAGACGGUUCAUCAGCAUGUUGGAGUUCUACUGAAGGACGAACUGCCUCCAUGGCUGUUUGGAGGCCUCAGCACUGUGGACACAGAGGCCAAUUCUCUACCCAGCUCUCCUACCAGGAGCACAUCAUCCAGGUACGCAGUGACUGAGGAGUCAACUAAAGCCUCACCAGCAGGAAGAGUCCUAACAAUGGUUACGAACACCUUCACAAGCCCAGACAGUGAAAACGAAAGAAGAAACAGGAGAAGAAACUGUGUGGUCAGCUAUAAGGAGCCACCACUGAACAGUGGAGCCACCUGCAGCUUAGGAAGUACGCAAUAUCUGAAUCGCUUAGAGCGAGAGGCAAUGAUCCUGUCAUCUUUCGCUGGAAUUAUUAUGAGCAACCUACCAGUGGAGGAAAUCUUCACUCUCUACAGAUGUAAGCCAGCUGCUUCAUACCCCAGCCAUCAGUCCAAGGGGUCAAUUGUAUUACCCUUUACUCUGUCCUACCAUCCAUUUGCCAUGCUCAGAUCCUACAAGGCUGUACAACACUCCAAGAAGCUCAACCAGAAGCUGAAGAGAUGGUUGUCUAAGCAGACUAAAGCGAGUGCACCACAGAGACCAGUGUCUGCACGGUCCUCAUCUCCAUCCUUGUCUGAGUCUUUUGGCAGUGUGAGUAACUUACUGCUAAGUCCUCUGCUGUCUUGUGCUGGUGUAAAUGGUUCCCUUCUGCUCUCUACUCCUCUUGCAGGAAAGCAGUUAUUCUCACCAGAAAGCAGCAGAGAACUAUGAGGGUUCACAAGAGUCUUUGCAGGACUGAAGCUGCCAUCCAGCUGUGUGACUUUGAUGAAAUAUGUUUGGUGUACACUUCUCACAAUAGUUUUCUCAUUCCACACAUAUUCAGCUCUGCUCACAAUAUUUCUAUGUUACUGAGAUGGGUUCUGUGAUGGCCAUUCCAAAACAUUGACUUUUGUUGUCCUUAAGCCACUUUGUAACUUAUGCUGCUGAAUGCUUGGAGUCAAAAUCAUUUUGGAAGAUCCAUUUGCGUCCAAGCUUUAACUUCCUGGCUGAUGUUUUGACAUGUUUCUUGAAUACUUCCCCUUAAUGUUCUUUUCUCAUGAUUGCCAUCUACUAUGUGAAGUGCACCAGUCCCUCCUGCGGACAACCACCUUCACAGCAUGAUGCUGCCA